AUGGAGGAUACAGCUAACACGCCAAGUAAAACGACGGGCCGUCCUCGCGUAGACCUCGAGCCGUACAAGACCGAGAUUCUCGGGUUGUUCGACAAGAAAACGAAGAAUGACGACAUUUGCAAGCACCUGAAACGACAACAUGAUAUUCAGAUCUCGCCGCGUACUCUGACCAAACGCCUACAACUAUGGGGCGUCAAGAAAAAGUUGACAAACAAUGCCUCUAAUGAAGCGCUGCACGCUCGUAUCAAAAACCUUUUCUUCGACGUUGGUCUGACCGACCAAGAGAUCAUUACCGUUCUACACGAUGAGGGCUACGAUGUCUCCCUCCGUACGCUUCGCAGACUCCGUCACCGUCUCGGUAUUCGCCUUCGCCUUGACUCCCCCACACAACAACAAGCACAGGUCCAGGAGAUCCUCGACGCUCUGACCGAGGAAAUGGACAAGGGGACCAUUGAAGGAUAUGGAAAGGAAUUACUGCACAAUCACUUCCGAAGCAAGGGGCACGUAUUUGCCCGAGAUCGUCUCUACAGUGUCUACCGCAUGCUCCGCCCGGAUACAGUGGAACGCCGCACGAACGAUGUGCCCCGGCGUCCUCCCCCGCCAAAGAUUCUAGCCGGGCCCAAUCUGACUUGGCAUGUGAAUGGGUACUCAAAGCUAGCCAAUUUCGGGUUCCGCAUUCAUGCCGAACUCGAUGCGUAUUCCCGAUAUGUUCUCUGGAUUCACAUUGGCGUGGAUGCGCACACGGCUGUGGGCGUUCUCAAAAACCAUCUUGAAACCGUUGCUUCUAAAAACCGCCAACCACGGACUCUUCGAUCUGACCUUGAGUCUGAGGUUCCUCUUCUAGCUGAUGCUCACUUUGCGCUCCGCCGUGCCACAGAGCCGGAUAUUCAGCGUGAGCAGUGCUGCGCACCUGGACGAGCUGCAGACACCCAUCGGAUUGAAUCUUGGUGGGCCCAGCUUGCGAAAUCAGUAGUCACUCUAUACCAUAACUAUUUCCGCGGACUUCACAACGAGGGCCUCUUCUCAUCAACAGUAAUCCCCGAGCAGGUCGCCCUACUUGCAAUUUACAUGCCCACCCUCCGCUCCCACAUCAAAUCCUACGUUCAAACCUGGAACAUGCACAAUAUCCGCAAACAAACAGACCACCCAGAGCGAACACCCGGAAAACCCUAUAUGAACUACCACCACCCACCCAAGGGCGUAGAGAACUUUGGCCUCGCAGCCGACAUCCCAACGCUGCAGCUCUUGCAACAAAAUCACGCUGGCUACGACACAGAGCAAUAUCUACCCCCGGACACCCUGCAUUGGUGUGAGGGGCAACUCCAGCAGCUGGGCUUCGAUCCUCAUAAACCGCCUGCUCGCAUGCCUGGUGAUCUCCAGCCGUUCCGCUCUGUUUACAUGGCCCUACGCGAGCGUGCGUGGCACCAUGAGCGGUCAGGGGCUGAACCUAAGUUGGCGGUCUGUGGAAUUGCUAGUCAGGGCUUACGGGGCUAUUUUCCCUCUGGAUCUACACGCUAG